UAUUGAAUGUUUUUGCGUUCUUCUCCGUUCUCGCUCAAUUAUUAACAAAACGAAAAGAAGAUAUUUUAAAAAAGUUAUUAUUUCAUUAUAAAAGUUUCAUUUUUUGACGAUAUUCGCCACUGUACGAAUAUGGUCAGUUUUGUACGAGGAUGGUCACUCCCAGCGCUACGGCAAAAAAUCCCAACUUCGUACAGUGAAUGACAUCGUACGUAACACCGGAUCCUCUUUCGCGUUUUGUUCACUGAUUCAAAAUGGAUGUUUCUGGUGGGUCAUUUUCUAUAUAGCUAGCUAGCUAUAUUACUUACAGGGCAUGUUUAAAGCACAUUGGCGAGAUUUUAGCCAAAAUAUAAUAGUAAAUCAUAUAUAUUACAUGAUUUUUUAUCUCUGUCAUCCAUUUGCAAGAUGUGCCGAACAGUUGAAAUGCAGCUCCACUAAAUAUUCAUUGUUUAAUCUAACCAAAAUAAAUGAUGAGAGAUACGAACAUCUCCCAUUCUCAAUUCGUGUUAUACUUGAAUCUGUUGUUCGUAACUGUGAUGGAUUUCAAAUUCAUGAAAAAGAUGUAGAAACAAUAUUAAAUUGGAAGGAAACUCAACACAAUGCUGUGGAAUUUCCUUUCAGGCCAGCCAGAACAAUCCUGCAAGAUUUUACUGGCGUUCCAGCUGUUGUUGAUUUCGCUGCUAUGCGUGAUGCAGUUAGCCGUCUUGGUGGAGACCCUUCAAAGAUUAACCCAUUAACUCCAGCAGAUUUAGUUAUUGAUCAUUCUGUUCAAGUUGAUUACUUUCGAAGUGACGACGCCUUAAUAAAGAACCAAGAGAUUGAAUUUCAAAGAAACAAAGAAAGAUUUCAAUUUUUAAAGUGGGGAUCAAAGGCAUUUAAGAACUUGCAAAUCAUCCCGCCCGGUUCAGGGAUAGUGCACCAGGGUAGUUGUUGUACUCAUAAUCUCAGGCUCCCUGUACAUUAUGGCAUGCAUGACAAAAAGGUUAAUCUAGAAUACUUAGCACAUGUGGUGUUCAACGAUAAUGAUGUAUUAUAUCCAGAUUCAUUGGUUGGUACUGAUUCACACACUACCAUGAUCAAUGGACUCGGUAUUCUUGGUUGGGGUGUUGGAGGUAUUGAAGCUGAAGCUGUUAUGUUGGGCCAAGCUAUAAGUAUGGUUGUGCCUAAAGUGGUUGGUUACAAGAUUACAGGAGAGUUAGAUCAACUUGCAACGUCAACAGACGCUGUCUUGACGAUCACUAAGCAUUUGCGCCAAGUUGGUGUCGUGGGAAAAUUUGUUGAAUUCUUUGGAUCUGGUGUUGCAUCUUUAUCCAUUGCUGAUCGAGCUACAAUAUCAAACAUGUGUCCAGAAUAUGGUGCUACUGUCGGUUUCUUUCCUGUGGAUGAUAUGAGCAUUCGUUACCUGAGACAGUCAGGACGAGACGAGAAACGUAUUGAUUUUAUCAGCAAUUACUUAAAAGCAAAUAAAAUGUAUCGAGAUUAUUCUAAUCCUGACCAGGACCCAGUUUUUACUGAGGUAGUUGAAUUAGACCUUUCAACGGUUGUGCCUUCAUGUUCUGGACCAAAGCGACCUCACGACCGUGUAGCAGUGUCGGAGAUGAAGACUGAUUUUAAAGAAUGCUUGAGUCGAAAAGUUGGCUUUAAAGGUUUUGGUCUGCCUGACGAAAAACUAUCAGCCUCUGUUCCAUUCACAUACGAGGGAAAUGAAUACAUAUUAUCACAUGGUUCUGUUGUUAUAUCUUCGAUUACAAGUUGUACCAACACGAGCAAUCCUUCAGUCAUGCUUGGUGCUGGUUUGUUAGCGAAGAAUGCAGUUGAAGCUGGUCUCACUACUAAACCUUAUAUCAAAACAAGCGUUAGCCCUGGCUCUGGCGUUGUGACGUAUUACCUGAAAGAAAGCGGUGUCGAUCAAUACCUUGAACAAUUAGGAUUCAAUAUUGUAGGUUACGGUUGUAUGACAUGUAUUGGAAAUAGUGGACCUUUACCAGAUGCUGUUUCUGAAGCUAUCGAAAAAAGUGAUUUAGUUGCUGUUGGUGUAUUGUCGGGUAAUCGUAAUUUUGAAGGGCGUAUUCAUCCCUUAACACGUGCUAACUAUCUCGCGUCUCCUUUGCUAGUUAUUGCAUACGCCUUGGCUGGUACUGUGGAUAUUGAUUUUGAGAAAGAACCUCUAGGUCACAACAAAGAUGGUAAGCCAGUGUUUUUGAACGACAUAUGGCCGAAACGCGAAGUUGUUCAGGAAAUAGAACGCAAAACAGUUAUUCCAGCUUUAUUCCGUGAAGUAUACUCCAAAGUAAAAGAUGGUAACCCUGCAUGGAAUGACUUAGAAACUUCAUCUGCGUUGUUAUAUCCUUGGGAUCCAAAAUCGACCUACAUUAAAUCCCCUCCCUUCUUUGAGAACAUGACUCAAGAAACACCUGCGAUGGAGAACAUCGAUAACGCUGCUGUUCUAUUAAAUCUCGGCGAUUCCGUUACAACAGACCAUAUAUCUCCUGCAGGUAUGAUAUCCAGAACCAGCCCUGCUGCACGCUACCUGGGCUCACGUGGACUUACUCCAAGAGAGUUUAACUCGUAUGGUUCUAGGAGGGGCAACGAUGCUAUCAUGGCUCGUGGCACUUUUGCAAAUAUUCGUCUUGUCAAUAAGUUUAUGAAAAAGCCAGGCCCGAAAACUAAACACUGGCCGUCUGGCGAUGAGAUGGAUGUCUUCGAUGCAGCUGAUCGUUAUAAGCAAGAGAAGCGGCCACUAAUAAUCUUGGCUGGUAAAGAAUAUGGCUCCGGUUCAUCUAGAGAUUGGGCAGCAAAGGGACCGUGGAUGCAGGGAAUAAGAGCAGUGAUAGCAGAGAGUUAUGAACGGAUUCAUCGUAGCAAUUUGAUUGGCAUGGGUAUAGCACCUCUUCAAUACCUGCCUGGAGAAAAUACAGAUACGUUAAAGCUGUCUGGAAAGGAAUCAUUUUCUAUUGAUAUCCCUGAUGAUAUUAAACCUGGUCAGAAUGUCACUGUCAAGACAAACGAUGGUCGUUCAUUUGACGUAAAAUCUCGUUUCGACACAGACCUCGAACUGGUGUAUUACAAAAAUGGUGGAAUACUGAAUUACAUGAUACGAAAGAUUUCUGAUUCUAAGCAAUAAUAUACCGUACGUGGAAAUAUGCGACGAAUCGAAAGUAGGAACAUCAUAAUUCUGACAUAAAAAAUAUUUUACUCUGUGACGACUGCGGUUUUUUAGCUUUUUGUUGGUCUUUUCACUAGAUUUUUUUAUUUUUUUUAUAAAAUUACGUGAAUUGUGAAUUAAAAGUGAAUUGUUUUCGAAUUUGCCUCUGGUUAAAUGGCGGUGUUGGUAUUUUUUAUAUGGAUAAAUACUGUAUCAAAUUAAUUAGAUUAAUGAUAGAUAAUUAACUCAAGUUAAUAUGAAUAUUUUAACUGAAUAAUUGUUUCCUCGUUUUAUUGAAAUGCAACAAAAAAAUUCCUGGGUGCAAUUUAUCAAUCUCUUUCACACACUUACUCUACUAAGAACAAAGUAUACCACUAUUCUGGGGAAUUUAUUUUUACCUUUCGAGAUAUGGAUGAUUUACCAGCUAUAUUAGUCAUGCUGAUAGCUAAUAUUACUGUUUUAGUCUGUGUGUUUUUUGAGUAGUGAGAGUUGUAAUAACUUUCUUACUAACGUUAAGAAUCUGAUCACAAUAUCUCUUAAAA